GGGCAAAAUCGGGUCAAUUUUGACUCGCCCCCGAAACCUUAUGUAAAAACGGUCUAAAAAUACGCCCAUUUAUAGGUUAGGUCAGCUAUUUCUAUUAAUAAGACAAUGGUGUAGUCACGUUUGCACGCUACUGCGACUAUGGCCCUGCUUGGCGCCCAAUUGGUCAUAACCCUGGUCAUGAUCAGCGUGAUCCAGAAACUAGGGCCCCACUUUUCCUUCGCCAGGUGGCUGCUGUGCUCCACGGGGCUCGUGAGGUACUUGUACCCCACGGAUGCCGAGCUGCGGCACCUGGCCAGCAUCCCCAAAGACAAGCUGAAGGGCAAAAAGGGGCCCAAGCCGACUAAUGGAAAGACGGAGACUUUUCAUGUUCCGAGGAGUCUCGACGUGCAGUUGGAGACAGCCAAAGUGACACGACUUGACGUUGUCCAUUUGAGAUACUAUACAGAAUAUCAGUGGUUGCUUGAUUUUACAGUCUAUGCGGUUAUUGUCUAUGUUGUGACGGAGGUGUACCAGACGUGGUUCCCGCUCAAAGAUGAGGUCAAUUUGAGCAUGAUGUGGUGCGGGUUGGUGCUCCUUUUCUCGGUGAAACUGCUCCUAUCCCUCACAGUACAGUACUUCAAGGGGGAGGAGUCGGUUGGUGAACGCUCCACGUGUAUUGUUAUGGGAUUCACCUAUUUAUUAAUCUCAAUGAUGGUCUUGAUUGUUGAUGAAAAUACUCUCGAGUUAGGUCUAGAAGAUGCGUAUAACAGUUUUAAUAAAAGUGCGUCCGCUUUUUUGACCACUCAAGGCCUAAAUUCGUCUGGACCGGCGUCUAAAAUCGUAUUGAAAUUUUUUAUUGCCUUGUGGUGUGGUAUUUUAGGAGCUUUAUUCACUUUUCCAGGAUUGAGAAUUGCAAAAAUGCAUUGGGAUUUGCUUAAAUAUUUCAGGGAGAGGAAAUUAAUUCAAAUUUUGUUAAACCUAAGUUUUGCGUUACCUUUUGUUUUGGUGAUUUUUUGGAUCAAACCAGUGGCUAGGACCUACCUCACAGUGCGGGUUUUUUCCGGAAUGAGCCAACCUUUGUUGACGACACACGCAUUUGAAACCCUCCGAAUCACCGCCAUAGUGUUUACAGUUUUGGUCAAGUUGGCACUGAUGCCAUGGUACCUACAAGCCUACUUAGACAUGGCAUACAACCGAACUGAAGAACAAAAGAAGGAAGCUGGCCGUAUCACAAAUAUCGAAUUUCAGAAAAAAAUCGCUGCCGUUUUUUACUACCUCUGCGUGGUAACCCUGCAGUACAUCACCCCCAUAAUCAUGUGCCUGUUUCUCUCCUUCAUGUACAAGACUUUGGGGGAAUUCACGUGGAGCGGUUUAUUCAAAGAACCAGCGAACGAAUGUCCGGUAAAUUCCCCAAAUACCAAAAGUAUCGAUCCGUUUGAGUCACAUGGUGACUCGAUCGCCCAAUCAGCGGCCGAGUUUCAUCUCGCUUUCGAGAAUUUGAAAUCGGUCUUUUCGGCCGAAGUGUUUCGGGGAAUUUUUGGUUUUUCGACUUGGUGGUGUUGUUUUGUUUAUUUCGCAACGACGUCGGUAGGGCUUGUCUACCAGACGUACUUUUCGACGAUUUGAUUGGUUUGUGAAUAAAUAAAAGGCGUGGCUAAAA